AUGGAACUCAUCCAAGUUAAACAAGGUAUUGGUAAUUCCCCCUGGUUACUUUGUGGUGACUUUAAUGCUAUGAUAAGCAGUGAAGAAAAAUUAGGGGGCUCAACUCUAUCUGAGACUGAUACUAAAGACUUCAAUGACUUCAUAGAAGAAUAUCACUCCCCUGCUCAAAUUGCAAUCUAUGAUGAAUGUAUACAUGGGAAAAAGCCUUUCAGAUUCUUCAAAAUGUGGACAAAUCAUCCAAGCUAUGUACCCACAGUUUCUGAUGUCUGGAAAGAAAUAGUUCAAGGAUGCAAAAUGUUUUCAGUUUGCAAAAAGCUCAAGCUCCUGAAAGAGGCUAUUAAAACAUUAAAUAGAAAUAACUUUUAUAAUAUUAGUGAGCAAGUACAAAGAGCUAGAGAUGCAUUGGAGAAUACUCAAAGGGAACUGCAAGCUCACCUUCUUCACCCAAUGCUUAUAUCUCAGGAGAAAGAAAACAUCUCAAAAUACAAUACUCUCGUAGAUUGUGAAAUGUCCUUCUAUCAACAAAAGGCUAGGGUUAAAUGGAAUCUUCAAGGGGACAGGUAUACAAGUCUCUUUCACAAUAUAGCAAAAUCCAGAAAACACAACAAUAGAGUGGUUGCUCUAUAUAACAAUCUGGGAGUAAAAAUCACAGAGCCUGAGGGAAUUGUUAAUGAAUUUAUUUCUUUCUACAAGAAUCUCAUGGGGACAGUUGUGAGCUCAACUCCUCUUGAUAAGAGCAUCAUUAAAUCAGGUCUUUGUUUGUCACCUUCUCAAGCUAAUGCUCUUGGUGCUCCAGUUACCAAGGAUGAAAUUAAAGCUACGAUUUUCUCUAUAUCUAAAAGUAAAGCCCCUGGUCCAGAUGGGUAUAGUAUGUCAUUCUUCAAAUCUUCUUGGCCAAUCAUUGGAGAGGAAAUCAUUCUUGCUGUCCAGGAGUUCUUCAGAAAUGGGAAUCUGUUAGUGCUAGCAAAUAGAAUGAAAACUGUGAUGGGAUACCUUGUAAAUGAAGCACAAAGUGCUUUUGUCAAACGGAGGAAAAAUAUUUCUCCAAGAGCUAUGGUCAACAUUGAUAUCAAGAAAGCAUUUGAUACCAUCAGUUGGGGUUUCAUUUCAGACUUGCUUCUAGGAUUGGGAUUCCCAGAUUCUAUGAUCAAAUGGGUUAUGGCUUGUAUCACUUCACCAAGAUAUUCAAUAUCUCUUAAUGGAUCCCUUCAUGGCUAUUUUAAAGGUGAACGUGGCUUAAGAUGGAAAUCUAGUGACUGGAAUCAAUGUCUGAACUGGUUCUCUAACAGCUUGAGAGGUAAAGGAAUAAAUCAGAAACUCAAAAGGAUGGUCAUGGUCACUACGAUAUACAUACUAUGGAGAGAAAGGAAUAGAAGACUGUUUCAGGGGACAAGUAAAGGUGCAAAUGCUGUGAUCAAAGAAAUCAAGAUGGAGAUUUUGUACGUUGCUCUCAAUAACCUAGAUUGUGUCAAAGACCAAUGUAAUCUCAGUUUCAGUUGA